CGUAGGCUCUCUUAUUUAUAUCGUCAGUGUCGUGUAUUGUUCUGAUUGUUCACGACCAUAAAUCUGUGAUAACCAGAACCUGAAUCUUUCCCUUUUCUGAUAUUCUCCAUUUUUUUUCCUUUUAUAGUAUCAGUUGCAUAUUCCCGUUGUUGUUUAUAUCUUCGCCCCAAUUAUGAACGUGUUAUUUUCAUUUUUUAUUCUGAUCUUUUUCACACCCAAUAAAGAGUGAAGUUCUCACAAUAACGUGGUUGGUCUUUGAUAUAUAGCACCCUUUUGUUGUUGUUGUUGGGUUGAGAAAGGAGAAUGGGGUGGAAGAGGAUGGUGACGAUGUGGUUACAAUUUGCGUCGGUUUUGGUGUUUGUUUGGGCAGAGAGAACAAUUGUGAAGGUGGAAACGCAGAAAUAUGAACACCAACGCACUUUUCUUAGCAAAGUUGUUAACUUCUUAUGGCAACAAGGGGAAUCAGGUUAUCAACACGUGUGGCCUGAGAUAGAAUUUGGGUGGCAAAUUAUUGUGGGUACCAUUGUUGGAUUCUUUGGAGCUGCAUUUGGAAGUGUAGGAGGUGUUGGUGGUGGUGGAAUAUUCGUUCCUAUGCUCACCCUCAUUAUUGGUUUUGAUGCAAAAUCCUCCACAGCUAUUUCAAAAUGUAUGAUCAUGGGUUCAGCCUUAUCAACUGUUUACUACAAUCUUAAUCUAAGGCAUCCCACAUUGGAUAUGCCCAUCAUCGACUAUGAUUUGGCAUUGCUCAUUCAACCAAUGCUCAUGCUUGGCAUUAGCAUUGGAGUGGCUUUCAAUGUUGUAGUUGCUGAUUGGAUGGUCACCAUGUUGCUACUUGUUCUUUUUUUAGGAACAUCUACAAAGGCAUUCUUUAAAGGUGUUGAAACAUGGAAAAAGGAAACCAUAAUGAAAGUGGAAGCUGCUAGGCAACAAGAGUCAAAUGGUGUUAGGAACGAAGUAGAAUACAAAUCAAUUCCUAGUGGACCUGAUAACAUUGCAAAGGAAACCAAAAGAGAUGAGGUGACUAUGCUUGAAAAUGUGUAUUGGAAGGAGUUUGGACUUCUUAUUUUUGUUUGGGUUGCAUUUCUCGCAAUACAAAUUGUCAUGAAUGAGACGACCAAAUGUUCAACAGCAUAUUGGGUACUAAACAUGUUGCAGAUUCCAAUUUCAAUUGGGGUAUCUGGAUAUGAGGCAAUUUCCUUAUAUAAAGGACAAAGAGUAAUUUCUUCAGUGGGAGAUCAAGAAAAAAACUUUAAUGUCCAACAGCUAACGUUGUAUUGUAUCUUUGGAGUGUUAGCUGGAAUAGUUGGUGGCUUGCUGGGAAUAGGUGGAGGAUUUGUUAUGGGGCCACUUUUUUUGGAGUUAGGAGUCCCACCUCAGGUUUCAAGUGCUACGGCCACUUUUGCCAUGGUUUUCUCCUCAUCCAUGUCUGUUGUAGAAUAUUACUUGCUAAAACGUUUUCCAGUUCCUUAUGCUCUAUACUUUAUUGUGGUGGCUGCCAUUUCAGCUAUUGUGGCACAACAUAUUGUGAGAAAGUUGAUUGAUCUACUUGGGAGAGCAUCUCUUAUCAUCUUUGUUCUAGCCUUCACAAUAUUUGUUAGUGCCAUCUCACUAGGUGGAGUUGGCAUUGUAGAAAUGGUAAAAAAGAUUGAAAAUCACGAGUAUAUGGGAUUUGAUGACCUAUGCAAGUAUAAUUCAUAGCCAAUUUUAUUAUAUUAUUUUGUAAUUCUUGUAUUAUCUCAAGCUCCCAAUAAAAAAAGCCAAUAGAACCUAGGUCACCAAAAUUGACUUGUACUGUGUGCCAAGGCUUUUAUCUUAUUGAUAAGACAUGUAAAGAUGAUGUUGUUAGAGAUUAAGAAAACCAUAUUACAAUUUUUGUAAUAUUGUUUAUGCUCUAGCUAUUGUAUCAAUUAUUAUAAUUUAUUUUGUUUAUGAAA